GUUACCUCCCUUGACUUGAAUUUUGUGUCGUCCGAUGCCUAGCUGCAGGACAGUUUAAUUUAUAAAAUGGAAUGUGGUUAAGUGUUCUCAAAAAUGCACGAGUUGUUUGCCCAAGUUUUGAACAAGAAGGAUCUGUCAAAAGCAGGUGACCUGUUCUCUCUAGAGGACCGUGACAUCAAGGGUGACCUCAUCAGUGUCCUUCAGAAGAUUGGGGAGAUUAUAGAUAACAAAGACUACGCUUCUAAUGACAACGACCAGAGCGUGGUGGAAAUAUGUGUUACCAGGGUUACCACAGCAAUCAGGGAGACCGAGAGCAUUGAAGAGCAUGCCAUUGCCCUAGUACGCUUGUUGGAGCUAUGUCAGAAACACAACCUCAACCCCUCCUCUCAGGAGAAGGACCCCCCUCAUGCCAAGAUCGCCUCAGACAUCAUGAGCUGCCUCUUUAUGCACUAUGGCAAGGGGAAGGUGAUGAUUCUAGCUAUUCCUGUGGUGGUCAACUUUCUAUGUUGUAAUAACAAGGAGCUUGGCCGUAAUGUGUCCAGUUACCUAUCCUUGGCUGCACUGGACAAUGCUGACCUCCUGGCUCGGCACAUGGACCUCAUCCUCAACAGUGUGCUCAGAGGUAACUACACCCUGAGCACCGUGCUUCCACAGAUAUUCACUCAAUGUCGACAGGCAGUCAUUGACCAGACUGACCGCUUAGUCAAGAUUGUAGAUAAGUGUGAGCCUUCGGAGAGACUUAGCCUGUUCCAAGUGUUCGGCAUGAUUGCCAAGACUGAUACUAAAGUGCUUGAAAAGCAUGUACCAAAGUUUGUAGAAUAUAUCUCCUCAACCACAUUGUCAAGUAUGAUUUUGUGUCUGUUUGUUGACAUGGCAACGGCCAAUCCAUUUAUCUUUGUUGAUCAUGUGCCCACUCUACAGAAGGCUGCCGAGCAACAACCAACAUUUAUCAUACAAGUCAUACAGAUCAUGGGUGCCUUAGCAACCCUUAACAAGGACUACGCCAGGAAGAGUAUGGAGUAUUUUGUGUCUCAGUUUGGCAGUGCGGACCAGACAGCACUUACUGUUAUAUUACAGGAGAUUAAGGCACUCAGCUUAAACAAUCAUGAUCUGUUGGCUUUGAAUCUCGAAGAAAUCUCAAAAUUGUCUCAGAAUGGAUCUAGUGCUGUCCGAAUUCUGGUCCAGCAGCUGAAAGAGGAUAACAAUAAAUACUCCUCACCUGCUCCAGCAGAAAAUACCAAACAGACCCGCUCCGUGUCAAGCCAGACGGAGGGAACUGUCACCAUCAUCACCGUUGGCAAUCCUCCUAACGCUGCCUACCCAAGUGGGGCAGUGGCCAUCCGACAUACAGCUUUACCACCCAGCAACAUGUCAAGUCAGCAGAGUCUGGCCAAGUCAUCACGAGGUAGCGCUUCCCAGGCACGCCUGGCUAUGGAACGACCCGUCAGUCCCCUAUCAAGUCAGUUCUCUGACCGGAUAUCAAUGACUAGUGCCAUGACGUAUGGUAGUACACAGACAGGACCACCACUACCGCCAGAGCCUCUCCGUGACGGGGUCCAAAACUUCUGUGAAAAACACAUGCCAAUCAUUCGCAAUUUUAUAGAGAGUAUCUCUGUACGCAUUCCUCUGCCUUCCAAGUGCAGCAUUAUAAAUGGGCGCCACAAGCGGUAUAUACGACUCAACUUCCUGUGUGGUGGUCAAGGUGACCAAUGUCUCUAUGGAAACACUUAUUUUUCUCUCAAUACCAAAGUACCGAAAACAUGGAUCCAUGUAAUGUUCCUGGCAGUACAGGCCCAGUCUACCUCAGCGUUAAACCAGAAUGACGCCAGUAUCCAGUCUUUACGGGCCUGCUGGGACAGUCUUUGGGGAGAGCGGAACAGUUUUCUUACUAUUGUCACCUCCUCAUUCCCCUCCCCCAAGGACCAAGACAUCCUGUUACAGGAACUUCAAAGUUCUAGGUUCUUUGAUGUGUUUGAGUUCAAUGCCGCCAAGAAGUAUUGGGCCUGUUUUAUGUGCAAUCAUCCAGAAAAGAUGUUAGAUCUACUACAGAAUGGCAACCCUGUGAUAGCCGGACAACUGAAAGAGAAGAAAGGAAGAUGGAAGUUUUUAAAACGUUGGAAGACAAGAUACUUCACAUUGUCGGGAGCACAAAUUACCUACAACAAGAGUCACUCUAGAAAAGAAACGCUUCCAGUCAGUAAGAUCCAGAGUGUCAAAGCUGUUCGUAAGGGAGUCCGAGACAUUCCUAAGGCUUUCGAGAUUUUCACGGGUGAUCAGACCUAUAUGUUCAAGGCCAAAGGUCAACAGAACAUAGAACAAUGGGUCCAGUGUUUACACAUAGCUGUGGCCCGGGUCCAUACAACGGACAAUACGAUGAAGGAGAGUGGGGAAGGUGUUACGGGUAACAGUUCUACGCCGGCUCCACCUACUGGUGAAGUCAGCCCGCAGAAUAACAUUGUUAUAGAGAGACCACGAUCUGUGAUGGAUACAAAGUUAUAGCAAUUACAGUAAAACCUAGGGAGGCUUUGAUUGGAGGGACCUCCCUAGGCAGGAUUUAGGUAAAGGAAAUCGCCUGAAGGGUUUGGUAGAAGAAAAUUCCUGAGGUAGGAUUUGGAUAAAGAAAAUCACCUGAACGGUUUGGUAGAAGAAAAUUCCUGAGAGAGAAUUUAGAUAAAGGUAAUCGCCUGAAGGGUUUGGUAGAAGAAAAUUCCUGAGAGAGAAUUUAGGUAAAGGUAAUCGCCUGAAGGAAGGGUUUGGUAGAAGAAAAUUCCUGAGGUAGGAUUUGGAUAAAGAAAAUCGCCUGAAGGGUUUGGUAGAAGAAAAUUCCUGAGGUAGGAUUUGGAUAAAGAAAAUCACCUGAACGGUUUGGUAGGAGAAAAUUCAAAAGGGAGGAUUUAGAUUAAGGAAAUUCCCUUAGGAGGAUAUAAGUAAAGGACACUCCCUAAGCAUGAUUUAGAUAAAGGCAAUACACUUAAGGGUUUUGUUUGAAGGAUUCUUCCUAGGGAGGCUUUGGUUCAAGUGAACAUCCUAGUGGGUGUUAUAUGAUGGAAACUCCUUGGAGGCUUUUGUCACUAGUGGAUGGAACCUCCUUAAGGAGACUUUGGUUGAAUGACCCAGAUACAGGAAAUUUAUGGUUAUAUUAUAACUCUGUUGUCUAGAUACCUAGAAAGCAUGCUCAUUAUAUCUGUUGAAGUUUUAGAAUGUUUAAGUGUCUGUUUUUAAGGGUUAAGAAUAUUUGAUAGAGGGACAAUCUGGGGAGGAAAUGAUAGAAAGACCAAGAUUUAUCAGCUAGGAAAGAUAAACAAGUAUAGAUUCUGAAUUAAUUUAGAAAAGUUGAUUGAGGAUCUAGUUUUGUAAAUAUUUCUUAGCUACAAAUUCCACAGAAAACAUACAGAGUUGGUUUACUGGAUUAGUUAGGUUAGCAGUUACAAAAAACUAUUUAGUUUAAUUUUGAAGUCACAAAAUCUAGGUUUAAUUUGGAUUAAUAAUCAUUACAAAAUCUAGAUUUAAUUUGGAUUAAUAAUUAUUACAAAAUCUAGGUUUAUUUUUGAUUAGUCAUUAGAAAAUCUAGGUUCAGUUUGGUUUAAUAAAUACAAAUUGUUACAAAAUCUAGAUUUAGUUUGGAUUAGCAGUUAUUACAAAAUCGAGGUUUAUUUUGGAUUAGUCAUUAGAAAAUCUAGGCUAAUUCGGAUUGUCAAUUACAAUACAGUUUGGAUUAGGAAUUUGGAAUACUAGAUUGAGUUUUGAUCUUAUAAGACAGAACUUUGGUGACUUAAACAAACAUUGAAAUUUAAGUAACACGUUUCAAAUAUUUUCUUCACUGAAGGCUCUCGUAGCAUAAAAAUAUAGAACGUUUUAUUCAUAUGAGUUGUCCCCCUUAGUGAGAACUCCAAAGAAGAUAUAGAGAUGUUCUUAAUUAGCUACAGUAUACAUUUAAAUGUAUGUACUAUGAAACCUUCAUUCCUUGAUAGAUUUUGAUCAAAUUUUACCAACAUACAAACGACUAUAAUAUCUUGGAUGAAUAGGAAUUUCAUGGCUAAAUGGGGAAGGUGAAGUCACGAUUACUAUUUUCAGAAAAUUCUUGUAAGUGGUCUAGUGGCAUUAUUCUCUUAGAGAUUUGAAAAAAACUGAACAAAGUUGUUAAGGUUAAAGUUUCAUGAUUGUGGUGUCAAGGUGAACGUUAUGAUAACUUUUAAUGGCAUCUUUCUUUAGGGUUUUAGGUCAACUACCCCAAAGGGCUUGUGAGCUUAUGCCAUAGUGCAGUACGUGUCCCUCAAUAUUUUCUUUAAAUCCCUACUAGUUUAUCAAACUGCACUGAUCGCUUGGCCAUCUUUUAUUGAGCAUCAGUCAAAUUGAAUCGUGACAAAGUUCACAUCAAUUGCGAUUCUUUUGUCAUCAUUGUUUAUAUUUUGUGUGUUAUGCUGAUUUUCUAAUGAAAUGGUUGUUGUUUUAGUAAUAUAUUCAGAAUGCAAGUUUCCUGGUGAUUGGAAAGACACUUGGAAUAGAAAGAAAGAUAUACAUGUAUACUCUAAUUUAUUGAAAUAAUUUUUGCUCUACUUGAAUCCAAUACGAUUUUACUGUCAUAAUACCUUUUACUGUAGGAUUGUGUAACUGCCUUAGAAUUAUUAAUUCUAUCUAUCAAGGUAUCGUGAGCAAUAUUGAAUCAGAAGUUCUGUCCGGUCAAAAUUAUUAUAGACAUUUUAUUGUCAGAUGAUUUCAGACCAAAGUUCCCCUUUAACAUCAAACUAGUAUCAUGUUCAAGUUUUGUUGACUCUGAUAUCUGCCUGUACAUACAAACAACACAUGCCGAUGGGCAGUGAUAGCUCAGUCAGUUAGAGCACAGGCCACGGAACCUCAGGUGACGAUUCCAGGGUGUGUGGUUCAUCACUCCCAACCUGUGUCAGUUUGUUUCUUAGGAAGCUGAGAAAGGGGUCAGUCUUUGCUGUCAUGGUUGCGUCCUUAGGUAAGACACUUUACCCUUAUUGCUCUGGAUGGCAUGCGACAGACCGUGUGUAUGUUGCUUAGUGAGAUAGUCACCAACUACUACAAGGAGACCCAGCCUCAAAAUGACUCUGGCUGUUCAUGGGACGACAAACCAAGCAAACAAAGCUUACAGUUACACUGACUCUAUAUUGUCAUGUCUAUCAAACGUGUUUAAUAUGUCUUGUGUUUAAAACAAUUCUCUUAGAAAGUUGAUGUGUUGACUUAGGAUAUGUACAAUAUACCAUGUCUAUCCCAUGUGAUCUAUGUCAGAGGGAAAAUAUCUAUGUCUAUCCCAUGUGAUCUAUGUCAGUGGGAAAAUGUCUACUGCAUUUCAGUAUGGUUGAAAUCAUAAUACUUAACAUGUACAUGACAACAAGAUGGGUCAGAAAUGCUGUCACUAAUACAAUACUCGCACAUAUCACUAAAUACACAAGGGACCGUUAAUUAUGAUAAAAUUAAUUUACGUCUCAACAGAUGUCGUAAUGAUGGAUUUGUUUGUGACACAUGGAAAAUUUAUAGUUAUAUGGAGAAAGCAAAAGCACAUAAACAGCCCUGAUACCUAGAUCAUCAUUUUUUCUCUCUAUGUAAUUUAAAUAUAUUUAUUAUUCGAAGUUAAUAUUUUUUUUCUAUCUGAUGAAGUAUCAAACUAUGAUUCCUAUACCUCCCCCCUCCUUCCCCUUUUGGAUUUAACUUGUAAUUGUACAUUUAUAUAUGAUAUUUAGUUGUCUAGAUACAGAUGUACAACAUCAAAGUACUGGUAGUUUAUAUAUAAUACAUGUAUAUAAAUGUCUAGAUACAGAUGUACAAUGUCAAAGUACUGGUAGUACUUGUCAAGAUGGGUACACUGACUGACAGCAUACUGGAGACUAAGGGCACAAUAACUUUGAGAUGUUCAGAACAUCUCCGAUUAUGAUGAGCUUACAAUAAUUAUCAGUAAAUCAGAUAUAAGAACCAUGUAGUACAUCAAUUAUUUCAAAUGUAUUACAAGUAAAGGCCAAGGACAUUGGUACCCAAGUGAGAUCAGGGCAUCCAGUAGACCCUUGAGAGUAUGUUUUUGACUCUCCAAAAUGAGAUCUGACUCUUGGGUUUGAAGGGACUUGUCUAUUUGACAUAUGUUUUGACGCUUCAGAUUUCUCAGAAAUAGUUAUUUGACUUCUGAAAUUGCUAAAAGUCAAGGGUCAACUGGAUGCCUUGUGUGAUAAGUAUGGUAUUGGAGCCACAUCCAUCAAAAGAUUUAUCUAGAUCAAUAUUGUGUCUUUUUUUCAUUCCAAGUAAUUCCAAGUUACUAAUGUUGCAAGAUAUAGUGUAACUGAACAAAAAUGUACAAUAACCAACAUGUACUGUGUAUCAUACAAUCAUAUUGUAGUCAGCAGAUCUGUGUGUCCUCAAUGUAAACAACAUUUGUGUUUCUCAUGAUUGGCAGCAAGUUUUGUUCUAUCGUUUUAUGUAAAUUGAUAAAUGCCAGUAUACAUUGUUUUAUGUAAGUUAGUUUGAACAAUAAGUAUAUGUAAAUAAGUGUAUAUAAAUGAAUGUGAAGAAGGUAAACUUCUACUGCUGUCCGGUUGAAAAUAUUGAAAAGAGAAACAAAAAAGUAUCAAUUAAGGAUUUGUUGGUAUAACGUUAACAUGUGAAUGCUGAAAUUGCUAAUGCUUCAAUUAACUUUGUUUGUCAUUUUUGUCAAUAAUUAAACAUGUAAACAUUUUUAUGUCUACUAUUAAAUAUUUUGUUGAUAAGUGCUAUUAGAUAUUGCCUAAAUAUUGUUUGAAUAUUUGUAAAAGAUUUUAUCAUUUAAAUGCAUAAUUUCUAGUUUUAAAUAAAUUUGAAUUAUCAAUGCUAUCCAUUCCACUGGAAUUUAAAGUCUAUACGUAUAAGUCUUUCAGUGCUCUGUGCUGUGUUGCUUUUGAAGUUGAGUAUCAGAGUAUUAUAUUUUCAUUUAGAGCCUUUUACAGAUUUUUGUCGAUAAUACUUGCCUGGACAACUUCUAGAAUUGUUGACUGAUUUCAAUGAAAAUUAAACUUAGCAUUACUACUCCUAGGAUUUGUGCAUCUUGGCAUUCUGUUUUCAUUCAGAGAAUUUUAAGAUGGUGUGCCUCUUUGUUGAUGCUCCUGUUUCAACAACGUACACUGCUUGAUCAAAGUCAGAGGAAGUUAUUGAAUUAUUAGUAAUUGUAAAUGUACCACAAACAAAACCUCCACUGAUGAAAUGAACACCUCUGAUUAUGAAAAAGCUUAAGAGUUGGCUUCUGGGCCCAGUCAUUCAAAAGGUGAUUAGCUUAAUCACUUGGUUAGUGAAAAUCUCAUUUCUCCUUUACUUCAAAACCUUUAUGUUUAUAUUCCUUGAAAUAGGCAGGUUGAAAGAGACGGAAAAGAGCUUUGAAGUUUUGUAAAUUUUAUAUUUUUACCAGAGAUUAUUGACAAAGAAUUUAUUUCAAAACCUCCGUGUGUUUAUUCCAUGAAAUAGGCUGAUUGGGAUCUCUCCCUGAAGAGUGCUAUGGAGUUUUGUAAUUUUAUUUUUACCAAAAAUGAUUGACAAAGAAUUUAUUUCAAAACCUCUGUGUGUUUAUUCCACGAAAAGAGACUGAAGAGUGCUAUAAGUUUUGUAAAAUUUUAUUUUUACCAGAAAUUAACCAAGAAUUUAAAAUUGUUAAACUGUGAUUAGCCUAGUCACAUUUUGAAGAACUGGGUCCUGGAUGUAUUAUUCAUCACUUGAGAUGACAAGGUUAUAUUUAAGAGCAUUAUAAUUAUUGCCUUUAAGAGGACAAUCUAAUAAAUUAUAACACUUCAGGAAAUUUUUUGGUAGUUAUCAUAAUCGUAUGAGAUGCAUCACAAGUGUCAUAGUUAGCUCUCAUGUAAUUGAGAAUAAUCUCUUUAAACAUUUUCAUAAACAUUAUCAUUCCAUCAGGCUUUUCAUGGGAAAAAAUGGUUGUGUCUAAUAUUAAAUAUGCAAUAAGUCCAAAUACUUGCAAAACAGUUUUCCCACAUAUGUAUCCUGACCCCUGAGACGUUAGCAAUAGUAUAAUUUGUCUAAGAGUGAAAGCACUUCUGAUAUUGGUGCCAGUUGUUUUUACAUAGAAAUUGAUUUUCAAAAUCUAAUGUGCUGUAGGAUGUCAUCUACAUUAUAUAUCAGGUUAAUUUCUAGUUUGAUUUUUCAGUCAUAUUACAUACUCAUGAUGUGUGUUGAUCAGUUUAAAUAUACAUGUAGUCUGUUUUCUAUGCAAUGACUUUUUUUUUUUUAGAAAUAUUUGUCUAACAUAUUAAGUGGUUUCAAGUUCAUGUGGUUUUGGUGAAAUGUGAGAUUUAUUAAUGAUAGAUCUGCAAAAUACUGAAGUGAAAGUCUUAAUUGUGCAUCUAUAGUAAAAGGAUUUUCAAACAAUUUUAAAAGUUAAACAGUGAUUUUAAUAUUUGUCUUAUUGUAAUUUUAGGUGUUGUUUAUCAUAACAAUUGUUGCUAUGCUAACUCGAAUAUUUCAUGAUAUACAUAGAAAUUGUUACUACGGUAAUUUGAACAUUUUGCUGUGUACUUAUAAGUGGUUACUAAUAGUGAUUUGAAGAUGUAUUGUGUAAUUAUAUACUGUUGUUAUGGUGACUUGAAUAUUGUAUAAAUCGUUACCAUGGUAACUUGUAUACAUAUAAACUGUAUGGUAACCCAUAUAUUGUAUACUUAUAAUUCGUUGUUACUUAUAAAUGGUUAUGUUGGUAAUUUGAUUACUAUCCUAUGCACAUAAUUUUAAACCUAUUAACACUUAAUUAAAAUCUGUACUUAAUAUUCUAUAAUGUUAAAACGCUAUGCUAAUUAUAUAUAGUUAUAUAUAACAGUUAUUAAGAUUUAUAUAAGCUGUUAAAUGAUAUAUAUUUACCGUGAUGUCUUAUCAGAAAUCUACUUGUUAUAUACGUCUUUCAUACACAGGGACAAGGGAUAUGGGGUACAGGCUUGUAAGGGGGUGUUCCAUAGAGAUGGCAUUCAAUGUUUUUCUGCUAAAUACAUAAUAUAUAUUAAAGUAGAUCAACAUGGUAUGUACAGUUAUAGUUUCUAUAACGUUUUCAGACUUUAACCGUGAUUAAUUAGAUUAAAAAAUCUUUCAUGCAAAAGGUUGCUGAGUUAAAGUCCAAAAUAUUUGUUAAAUCAACUGUAGCUAUUGUGUCAAUGGUACUUACCAAUGUUUUGUUAUUGGAGGUACAGCUUACGUGACCGAAUGUCUCCUGUUCGAGUCACAGUCACUUGUAUCCUUGAACAAAAUACAGCUUACUUUACUCUGUUGAGUUCCGUGCGACUCAGCUGUAAAUUAGUAUGUGGUAGGGCAGUGUAGGAAAUGUCAAGGGUAAGCUACUAGCACUGAAAUGGCAGCAGCCCAGGGGGUGGAGAAAGACAUUUUCAGGUUGCGAAAGGCCAAAUAACUACGGAUAAUAAUGUGUGAACUGCUUUGAGAUGACUAUAUAACGGUAUCUUAUCAGAUAAUCCUCAUUUGUUGAUUGAGCCAAUGCACUAAGUAUUUACAACUUUAACUGUAUACUUUCUAGGGAUUGUUGAAAACCAUCUAUAAAACCCCAGGGUCUGUGUUUAUGUAUGAUCUACAUAGACUAUCAGGAACGUAACCGAUGGAUUUUGGACGUAAUACCUGUACUAUUGACACCCAGAGCCUCUAUCACCAUUAGGCCCUAUGGUCUUCCAUUGCCUUUAUGUAUAUUCCUGCAAUAUUUUUGUAUCAUAUAUUAUGUUGCCUGUAUUUCUGUUACUUAUCUUUCUUGCUUUAAAAGUUUUAACUUAUUUCUAAUUGAUAUGUAAAACAAUAAAAUAUACUUACUGUUCA